AUGGAGCCUGCAGGCAGCCAUGGCGUCUGGAGCCUUGAUGAUUAUCAGUUCGUACCUUUUCUCUGGGGAAGCUCACAGUUACUAGAUCAUAAAAGAAUUCACCCCAAAUCUUUCCCAAAGCCAGAAGUAUAUGAAUAUUUUGCUAAGGACUACAUGUUUUUAGGUUGUGUAAAGUUUAUAAACCAGGUGAAAACGGGUCCGUUUGCUGAGCACUCUAACCAGCUGUGGAACAUCAGUGGAGUGCCCCACUGGCAUAAAGUGAACUCUGGACUUGUGAAAAUGUACAAGGCAGAGUGUUAA